GACCCACGGAGGCUUCGCGGGAAGACGCGGCGGCGGAGGAUGAGCCUGCAGAGCGCGCAGUAUCUCCGAAUGUCUUAAACCAUUCUACCUUAUGAGAAAUUGGAUGUUCUUGCAGAUAGUCAUUGUGGGAGAAAACGUUUCAUUUAAGUCCCAGAUGAGGACCGAAAACUUGAAAUCAGAGGAGCAUCUGAAAUCAAGUAAUAUUAGGCAGGCAGAAGUCCUGAAGGCUGAUAUGACAGAUUCUAAGCUGGGUCCAGCUGAGGUCUGGACAUCCAGGCAGGCUCUGCAGGACCUGUACCAGAAAAUGCUAGUUACUGAUUUGGAAUACGCUUUAGACAAGAAAGUAGAACAGGAUCUCUGGAAUCAUGCCUUUAAGAAUCAGAUCACAACACUACAAGGACAGGCAAAGAAUCGAGCAAACCCGAAUCGGAGUGAAGUUCAGGCAAACCUUUCUCUGUUCCUAGAGGCAGCUAGUGGCUUCUAUACCCAGUUAUUACAAGAACUGUGUACAGUGUUUAAUGUAGAUUUACCAUGCCGUGUGAAGUCUUCCCAGUUGGGAAUUAUCAGCAAUAAACAGACGCAUACCAGCGCCAUAGUGAAGCCACAGUCUAGCUCCUGUUCCUAUAUCUGCCAGCACUGCCUCGUCCACCUUGGAGACAUUGCUCGAUAUAGAAACCAGACCAGCCAGGCAGAGUCCUACUAUAGGCAUGCAGCUCAGCUUGUCCCCUCCAAUGGUCAGCCUUACAAUCAGUUGGCUAUCUUAGCUUCUUCCAAAGGAGACCACCUGACCACAAUUUUCUACUACUGCAGAAGCAUUGCUGUGAAGUUCCCUUUCCCAGCUGCCUCCACGAAUCUACAAAAAGCACUUUCUAAAGCACUGGAAAGCCGGGAUGAGGUGAAARCCAAAUGGGGUGUUUCUGACUUCAUUAAGGCUUUUAUUAAAUUCCAUGGUCAUGUAUACCUGAGUAAGAGCUUGGAGAAGCUGAGCCCUCUUCGAGAGAAAUUGGAAGAACAGUUUAAGAGACUGCUAUUCCAAAAAGCUUUCAACUCUCAGCAGUUAGUUCAUGUCACUGUCAUUAACCUAUUUCAACUUCAUCACCUUCGUGACUUUAGUAAUGAAACGGAGCAGCAUACUUACAGCCAAGAUGAACAGCUAUGUUGGACACAGUUGCUGGCCCUCUUUAUGUCUUUUCUUGGCAUCCUGUGCAAGUGUCCUCUGCAGAAUGAGUCUCAGGAGGAGUCCUACAAUGCCUAUCCCCUUCCUGCGGUCAAGGUCUCCAUGGACUGGCUAAGACUCAGACCCAGAGUCUUUCAGGAGGCAGUGGUAGAUGAAAGACAGUACAUUUGGCCCUGGCUAAUUUCUCUUCUAAAUAGUUUCCAUCCGCACGAAGAGGAUCUCUCAAGUACUAAUGCUACACCACUUCCAGAGGAGUUUGAGUUACAAGGAUUCUUGGCUUUGAGACCUUCUUUCAGGAACUUGGAUUUUUCCAAAGGCCACCAGGGUAUUACAGGAGACAAAGAAGGUCAGCAACGGCGAAUACGACAGCAACGCUUGAUAGCUAUAGGCAAAUGGAUUGCCGAUAAUCAGCCAAGGCUAAUUCAGUGUGAAAAUGAGGUAGGGAAAUUGUUAUUUAUCACAGAAAUUCCAGAAUUAAUACUGGAAGACCCCAGUGAAGCCAAAGAGAACCUCAUUCUACAAGAAACACCUGUGAUAGAGUCGCUGGCUGCUGAUGGGAGCCCAGGACUGAAAUCAGUACUGUCUACAGGCCGAAAUCUAAGCAACAGCUGUGACACAGGAGAGAAACCAAUGGUCACCUUCAAAGAGAACAUUAAGCCACGAGAAGUGAACAGAGACCAAGGAAGAAGUUUUCCUCCCAAAGAGGUGAAAUCCCAGGCAGAACUAAGAAAGACUCCAGUGUCUGAAGCCAGGAAAACACCUGUAACUCAAACCCCAAGUCAAGCAAGUAACUCCCAGUUCAUCCCCAUUCAUCACCCUGGAGCCUUCCCUCCUCUUCCUAGCCGGCCAGGGUUCCCGCCCCCAACAUAUGUUAUUCCCCCUCCUGUGGCAUUUUCUAUGGGCUCAGGUUACACCUUCCCAGCUGGUGUUUCUGUCCCAGGAACCUUUCUUCAGCCUGCAGCUCACUCUCCAGCAGGAAACCAGGUGCAAGCUGGGAAACAGUCCCACAUUCCUUACAGCCAGCAACGGCCCUCUGGACCAGGGCCAAUGAACCAGGGACCUCAACAGUCACAGCCACCCUCCCAGCAACCCCUUCCAUCUUUACCAGCUCAGCCAACAGCACAGUCCACAAGCCAGUUGCAGGUUCAAGCUCUUGCUCAGCAGCAGCAAUCCCCUACAAAAGCCGUGCCAGCUAUGGGGAAAAGCCCUCCUCACCACUCUGGAUUCCAACAGUAUCAACAGGCAGAUGCCUCCAAACAGCUGUGGAAUCCUCCUCAGGUUCAAGGCCCAUUAGGGAAAAUCAUGCCUGUGAAACAGCCCUACUACCUUCAGUCCCAAGACCCCAUAAAACUGUUUGAGCCGUCAUUGCAACCUCCUGUAAUGCAGCAGCAGCAGCCUCUAGAGAAAAAAAUGAAGCCUUUUCCCAUGGAGCCAUAUAACCAUAAUCCCUCAGAAGUCAAGGUCCCAGAAUUCUACUGGGAUUCUUCCUACAGCAUGGCUGAUAAUAGAGCUGUAAUGGCACAGCAAGCAAAUGUGGACCGCAGGGGGAAACGGUCACCAGGAGUCUUCCGUCCAGAGCAGGAUCCUGUGCCCAGGAUGCCAUUUGAGGACCCCAAGAGCUCCCCUUUGCUUCCUCCGGACCUGUUAAAGAGUCUGGCUGCCUUGGAGGAAGAGGAAGAGCUGAUUUUUUCUAACCCUCCUGAUCUUUACCCAGCUCUGCUGGGGCCUCUCGCCUCUCUUCCUGGACGAAGCCUCUUUAAAUCCUUAUUGGAGAAACCCUCAGAGCUCAUGUCACAUUCAUCCUCUUUCCUGUCCCUCACCGGAUUCUCUCUCAAUCAGGAAAGAUACCCAAAUAACAGUAUGUUCAAUGAGGUAUAUGGGAAAAACCUGACAACCGGUUCCAAAGCAGAACUCAAUCCCUCGAUGGCCCCCCAGGAAACAUCACUGUACUCCCUUUUUGAAGGGACUCCAUGGUCUCCAUCACUUCCUGCCAGUUCAGAUCACUCAACACCAGCUAGCCAGUCUCCUCAUUCCUCUAACCCAAGCAGUCUGCCCAGCUCUCCUCCAACACACAACCAUAAUUCUGUUCCAUUUUCCAAUUUUGGACCCAUUGGGACUCCAGACAACAGGGAUAGGAGGACUGCAGAUCGGUGGAAAACUGAUAAGCCAGCCAUGGGUGGGUUUGGCGUUGAUUAUCUCUCAGCAACAUCAUCCUCUGAGAACAGUUGGCAUCAGGCCAGUACUCCAAGUGGCACCUGGACAGGCCAUGGCCCUUCCAUGGAGGAUUCCUCUGCUGUCCUCAUGGAAAGCCUAAAGUCUAUCUGGUCCAGUUCCAUGAUGCAUCCUGGACCUUCCGCUCUGGAGCAGUUGUUAAUGCAGCAGAAGCAGAAACAGCAGCGGGGACAAGGCACCAUGAACCCUCCACACUGAGGCCAAAGUGGCAACCCUGGGAAUGAAGGCUCCAUAAACCAUGGCAUGUUGGGUUUGCAGGACUGGCCCACACAGUCCCCUGCAGGUGGCAGCCCUCUUGUCUGUUUCUUGCUAUCAAGAGGGUGUAAGUGUUCCACCAGCCCGCUGAGUGUGCACGAAAUGUUCGCAGUGCAACAAAAAGAAAAAUCCAUCAGGAACUCUCCGUCCCCCCAGGUCCUUCCGGAGGGAGAGAGGAACUGCUGUUUGUCUCACUCAGUUACUUGAUAUCACCACCUCUCACCUUCUCCAUCGUGCAUGUCCCCAGCCACAUGGGAAGUGAAAGCUGAGAAGGGAAGGCAGAUGGGAGAAGCCAAUGGGAACUUCUCAGUCCUUUUUUCCUCUUUGGGGAAUAAAAUAGGAAUCCAUUAAUGAUUGCUUUGCUGACUGAGAAUGUAGUUGAAAUUAUUCCUAAACAUCUUUUAUUAUUGUUAUUACUCUCAGUAGUAAAUUAUCACACUGAAUUCUUCCAUACACAGGUGUGCUUCUAGUCAGUGUGUAGCAAGGACAGCCCUAUUCACUGCUCCUGUGAGAGGUUGGUGGUGACAGGAUGGGGAACCGACCUCUUUAGCCAGUGGAAGUGUUCCAUAAGGGAGAGUACAGGGCCUUGUAGAAGGUCCUGGGUAGGACCUUCUUCUGGCCUGGAGAUUCCAGCAGGAAAUGCCCUUCACUCUGUAGGUGCUCGAGCCCCCAGAUACGGUAUGGGUAGUGGUGCUGGGCUGGACUAGCAGGUGACUGCUGUAGGAUUUCAAAUUACGUUUUUGAUUCCUGUACCUUCUGCGGUAGCCUAGCAAGCAGUCCCACAGAAGGCAGGCUGAUCCAUUCUGGCCUGACACAUUUUAAUGGGUAGAAGCUUUCAGUGUGGUUAUUUUUUGUUUGGUUGGUUUUUGUGCCCCCAUCCUACUUACCAGCCUCCUGCGCCUGUCUCCAUCCCCUUUUAAUCCUAUGCUGUUUGCUAGUAAUCGUUUUUUAUUCUUAAUGUGUACAACAUCUUGCCAAGAAGCAACAGCAUGGGGUCCAACAGUUGGAACCCAAAAGACAGUCUGAAGAAGAAGGAAGUGACGGUGUCUGCACAGCCGCAGAGGGGCCAGGCCCCGGCCCAGCUGCAGCCUCCCAGCCUCCACUUCGACAGUGAGAUUCAAGGCAACAUGGACACAUGCACGUCGUGAACAGAAG